CUAAAAUCUCUCUCUGAUUUAAUUCCUUUUGUAGUUGGCACAGCCAAUUCGCUUCCUUUUGGAGUAUACUGAAACAGCAUAUGAAGAGAAGUUGUAUUCAUGUGGAGAAGCUCCAAAUUAUGACAAAACUUGCUGGUUUGAUGUGAAGCCGAAGCUGGGAUUGGAUUUCCCAAAUCUCCCAUAUUUAAUUGAUGGGGAUGUCAAAAUUACCCAGAGCAAUGCGAUUAUGCGUUACAUUGCAAGGAAACACAAGCUUGUGGGUGAGACCGAGGAUGAAAAGAUCCGUGUCGAUAUGUUGGAGAACCAGGCGAUGGAUUUCCGCAUGGGCUUUGUCCGACUUGCAUACAACCCUGAUUUUGAAGACCUGAAGGCUGAUUAUCUGAAAGGCCUGCCAAACAUAUUGAAGCAGUUCUCUGACUUUCUGGGGAAAAGACCUUGGUUUGCAGGUGACAAGAUCACUUUUGUGGACUUUCUAAUGUAUGAACUCUUUGAUGAGCAUCGUGUGUUUGAAUCCAAAUGUUUAGAUGAGUUUCAAAACCUUAAGGACUUUGUUGAGCAUUUUGAGGCUUUAGAGAAGAUUGCAGCAUAUAUAAAAUCUGACCGCUUCAUGAAGGGGCCAUUCAAUAAUAAGAUGGCCAAAUGGGGCAACAAGAAGUAAUGAAGAAAUUUAAAUUCCUCAGUCUGCUGAAACACAUCAGUACAAACACUUUUUUGUUUUGAAAACAUUCAUUAAAAGUUCAAAUGAGUUGAAAAAA